AACAACGCUCAGAUCAGAUUAGAUACGCUAUCAAAAAGCUUAAGUUCAAAAUAAAAUUCCUACCACGAUCAGACGUAGUGCACAUUAUGUAAAGCCUAUCUAAGUUGCAGUUCAUAUAUAAAUCUAUAAAUCUAUUCAUACCAAAAGUGACUUUAAAAUUAAGUUUGUGAAAAUGCAGAAGAACUCGAUACUGCUCUCAAAUUCCGAAAAACCAACACACAAGAAUUACAAGAGUGUUCCCUCCAAAGAAGCAGAGAAUAUUGGGCAUUUAACUGCCCCAAAUCCUCGACAAGGUGCAUGUUUCUUCUCCAUAAUUACUUUUGCAUGGUUUUGGAAAAUUUUUUGCAUAGGUUACCAAAGAGAGAUAAAAGAAAGCGAUCUUUUCAAACCUCUAGAUGAUCAGUGCAGUGAGUUUUUGAGUAACAAGAUACAAAAAUUAUGGCAUGAAGAAGUUCAAUCCAAGGCUAAAGAUAAAGCUCGACCUUCUCUCUUUAAAGUUCUAAUAAAAUGCUUCGGAUUGAAAAUAUUAAUAAUAGGAUUUUUCUUUCUAAUUUCAGAAGCAUAUAUCAGAAUAUGUGAGCCUCUUUUUAUGGGCAAGAUACUAAGUUACUUUAAGGAAAAAAGUGAAACGACUUUCCAAGAAGCUUUUUACUGGGCAGGUGGCCUUAUCUCCAUUUAUGUUAUGCAAAUCUUUGUAAUCAAUCAUUUGUUUAAUGUUAUGCAAAUAAUUGGAUUAAAGGUUGGCAUUGUUUGUUCUUGUUUAGCCUAUUCAAAAGUUUUGCAAACUAGUAAAACUUCCUUAGAGACAAUAACAAGUGGUCAGAUACUUAAUCUUUUAAGCAAUGACUUAACGGGUUUUCCUUUCGCUUUUAAGUAUAUUCAUUAUCUUUGGAUCACAUUUGUUUUGGUACCACUACUUACAUUCAUGAUAUAUCGAGAAAUAGGCUGGCCAGCUUUUUCAGGAGUUACGUUCUUUUGUAUAGUAUUACUUUUCCAGGGUGUUCUAGGGAAAUUUACACCGUACUGGAUAUUUAAAGCUUUUUCAAAAACCGAUGAGAGACUUCGUCUCAUCCGUGAAAUUGUUAGUGGAUCACAAGUGAUCAAAAUGCUAUCGUGGGAAGAACCUUUCCUUCAUCCUGUCGAUCAAGUAAGAAGAAAAGAGAUGCGAGCAGUAUGGAAAAUAAUCUUCAUCGAAACGAUAGCAACCUCUUUCCAAUAUUGCAGUGUGCAAGUUUCCAUCUUUACUACAAUAAUAUUUUACUUCAUGUUCACAAAAUAUAUCAUAGCAGAAAAAUUGUUUGUGGUGAUUGCAUACUUUUAUGGCCUUCGAAUUAUCAUAAAUAAUUAUUUUGUCGUAGCUCUUCAAUCUGGAGUCAAAGCAUAUGCCUCUAUUAAACGUCUUGAAAAUUUUUUGGAAUCUCAUGAGAGAGCCUACACGAAUAUUGACAAAAGUACAAAUUUUGAAAACACAACAAGUAUUGGGAGCAAAUUUUCGGACUCUAAAGAAGCAAUUUUCAUGGAGCAUGUAACGACAAAAUGGUCUGCUGAAUCGAAAGAAGAUACUCUAAAAUCUUUGAAUAUGUCUGCAAAAUGCGGGAAUAUCACAGCAGUUAUAGGUCAAGUUGCUUCCGGAAAGAGCAGCUUAUUACAUCUCAUUCUGCACGAACUUCCUCUAGUUUCUGGAAAAAUUAAAAUUCAUGGAGAAAUUUCCUACUUUAGUCAAGAUCCUUGGACCUUUGGAUCGAGCAUAAGGGAGAAUAUUAUUUUUGGAAGAUCAAUGAACAAGGAACGUUAUGAUCAAGUUAUCAAAGUGUGUCAACUGGAAAGAGAUUUUUCUAUUUUUCCUUAUAAAGAUCAGACAAUUAUAGGAGAAAAGGGAAUAAACCUGAGUGGAGGUCAACGUGCAAGAGUUGCUUUAGCACGAACAGUUUAUGCUGAUGUCGAUAUUUAUCUUUUUGAUGAUCCACUCUCCGCAGUAGACGCUGAAGUUGGUAGAUUGAUUUUUGAACAGUGCAUAUGCAACUUUUUGAAAGGGAAAACGAGAAUUUUGGUUACACAUCAACUUCAGUAUCUCAGAAAUGUUGAUUACAUCUAUUUUUUAAACGGAGGUUCUGUAGAACACAAAGGCACCUUUCAAGAUUUGCAAAAUUCUGGACUAGAAAUAGUAAAAUUGCUGCAAAGAGAUACUAUCGAUGAAAAUGGUAUUGAGCAUUUAUAUCAGAAUUCCUCUUCUGAAAAUAUAAAUUCAGGAAGUGUUACCUCUGAAAUAAAGGAAACGCAAGCUGAUGAAGUAAGAGCUGUCGGAAAUGUAUCAAAUAAGGUAUAUUUGUCAUAUUUCAAAGCUGUGGAAAACAACUGGAUCGUUUUUUUAGCAGUCUCUUUAGGACUUGUGAAACAGGUGGCAAUAAGUGGUGGAGAUUACUUAACUUCCAAAUGGAUCAAUAAUGGUGAGGCUUGUUUGAAAAAUGAUACUGAUAUUGCAAGACAUCAGUGUUUGGAUGCAACAGUAAACUAUGAUUGGUAUUUUUAUGCCUGCGGUGGUUUACUAUUUUUUGCUAUAGUUGUAGUAUACCUGCAAAUCUUUUACUUUCUUAAAAUGUGCACUAGAGCUUCUCUUAGAAUGCAUUCAUCUAUGAUGCAGAAUAUCAUUUAUGCGCGUGUGGUGUUUUUUUAUCAAAAUCCCGUCGGUCGAAUUAUGAAUAGAUUUUCUAAAGAUAUGGCAAUGGUGGAUACAUUCUUGCCACCGAUCCUGUAUCGAGUUUGGCAGCAAAUGUAUUUGAUGGUGGUGAUAAUUCCUCUUUCUGCAUUUAUAAACUACUGGCUUUUACUGCCCCUCUUUGUGAUUGGAAUUGUUGCUUUUUGCUUAACCAAAGUUUAUCUAAGGACGAGCCGAAGCGUCAAACGUUUGAGUAGCAUAACACGCUCGCCAAUGAUUAGACAUCUUGAUUACACCCUUCAAGGACUCACAACAAUUCGAGCUUUCAAGGCUCAACAUUUAUUAUCAAAAGAGUUUAAUGACCACCAAGAUCAAAACACUUCAGCUUUUUUUCUGAGCUUAAGUUCAGUUCAAACUUUUGUAUUUUAUUUGGACAUUGUGUUCACAAUUUAUACUGCAUCAGUGAUUUAUACUUUUUUGUUUUUUGGCAACCAGAAUUCGUUUGGAGAUGUUGGCUUAAUCAUUACGCAGAACACUAUACUUCUGAUUUCCCUAAAAGUAGGUACUAUCUUUGGUGCUGAAAUGGAGAAUUGUAUGACUUCUACUGAACGUAUAUUGGAAUACACGGAAAUAGAGCGGGAAAAUAUGAAAAAGUAUAAUUCUGAAGAUAAAUUACUAGAUAAGUGGCCUGUAAAAGGAAAAGUUGAAUUUAAAAAUCUGAGCUUAAGAUACAGUCCUGAAGGAAAUCCAGUGCUUAAAAAUUUGAAUUUUGUUGUAAACUCUGAGAAGAUUGGAAUUGUGGGAAGAACUGGUGCUGGGAAAACGUCCUUAAUUUCUGCAUUGUUUCGAUUAGUUUAUCUAGAAGGAGAAAUUUAUAUUGAUGAUAUUCCAACCUUUACAUUAGAUUUAAAAAAAUUGAGAUCUAAAAUUAGUAUCAUUCCUCAAGAACCACUUCUUUUUGAUGGAACAAUUCGGAAAAAUCUUGAUCCUUUAGGAAUAUAUUCAGAUGGUGAUCUGUGGCAAGCUCUAAAGGAAGUUGAGUUCAAAAACACAAUGACAACUGAUAUGGAUAAAGGUUUAGAGAGUACAAUUUCUGACGGAGGGCGUAAUCUGAGCAAGGGACAACGACAGCUUCUUUGUCUUGCGCGCGCUAUUGUAAGGCAAAACAAAAUUUUAAUUUUGGAUGAACCAACCGCAGAUGUCGAUCAGCAAACUGAUCAAAUAAUUCAAGAAACGAUUAGAAAGAGAUUUUGCAAAUGUACUAUUUUCAUCAUCGCACAUAGACUGAUUACUGUUAUGGAUUGUGAUAGGAUUAUGGUAAUGAAUGAAGGAUCCAUAGUGGAGUUUGACAAUCCAUUUUUAUUAUUAGAAAAUAAAAAUGGGUACUUAUCUAAGAUGGUACAACAAACUGGGACACAAAUGGCUAGAUCCCUUGCACAAAUUGCUGAGAAUCGUUACCGUAGGAGACAGUAUGAUUAGAAUUAGUCAAGUUAGGAUUGAAAGCUGAUACAAAACAAAUUAAAAUUAAUACUUAUCCCGUUUUCCCUUAAAAGAGAAAACAAUGCAGAUUGUUAAUAUUAUUUUCUAUAACUGUUCCAAUCGAAAUGUUAUGAAUUGAAGUACAUUCUAGCAAAUAUCUUGGACUAGUAUGACAAUGUUUUAAAUUGCAGACUGCGUAUUUUAUAAACCUAAUUAAAGUGUUUACUACCUGUAUCUUGACUGUCUAUGUAUAUAUUUUAAUAAUUGCGGUGUCCUUUCUGCCACAUUGGAUCAAAUCUUCAGAUUUACCCAUUCAGUUCUUGUUGAAUUAAAUAUUAUAAAAUGUUUAGUAGCACGUUGUUGAAAAAAUUACUUUUGAACGUACUUUGAUUUUUAUCAGCUGAAUUAGUGACAACUAAUGCUGAUAUCUAACACUUUUUAUGAAUAACGAAUAAAAGGUCCCCUGAUAGUAGUUUGUACAAAUAAUCUCAAGAUUAAAUAAGGAAGGAGAUCAAUAAGACCAAAAAGGUAGUGUAAAGUAAUUUUCAAAAAAUUUUGGAAGCAUUGAUAAUUUUCAACUAUUUAUUUGUAACAAAACUGAAUUAGAAGGAU